GAGCUUGGGGACCAGAGACCUUAUCCUCAUUCGACCUGGUUCUACCAUCGUCUCUGCGUGGCUUCUGAAGGCAAGAAAGAGUACUACUUUUGGUUACCCGCUGGUGCCAUGGCGUCCAUGCAGAUGGACCCUGAGUUAGCCAAGCAACUCUUCUUUGAAGGAGCCACUGUGAUCAUUUUGAACAUGCCCAAGGGGACAGAGUUUGGCAUCGACUACAACUCCUGGGAGGUGGGGCCCAAGUUCCGGGGUGUGAAGAUGAUCCCUCCUGGCAUCCACUUCCUCCACUACAGCUCUGUGGACAAGGCCAAUCCCAGGGAGGUGGGCCCUCGGAUGGGCUUCUUCCUUAGCCUGAAGCAGCGGGGGCUGACAGUCCUGCGCUGGAAUGCUGUUCAGGAAGAGGUAGACUUGUUUCCAGCUCCAGAGGCUGAAGUAGAAGCUAUGAGAGCCAAUCUCCCUGAGCUAGACCAGUUUCUGGGACCUUACCCAUAUGCUACACUCAAGAAAUGGAUCUCACUCACCAACUUCAUCAGUGAGGCCACCAUGGAGAAGCUGCAGCCCGAGAGCCGGCAGAUCUGUGCCUUCUCAGACGUGCUGCCUGUGCUUUCCAUGAGGCACACCAAGGACAGGGUGGGACAGAAUCUACCCCUCUGUGGUACUGAGUGCAAAAGCUACCAGGAGGGCUUGGCCCGGCUGCCUGAGAUGAAGCCCAGGGCUGGGACAGAGAUACGCUUCUCGGAGUUGCCCACUCAGAUGUUCCCAGCAGGUGCCACACCAGCAGAGAUCACCAGGCACAGCAUGGACUUGAGCUAUGCCCUCGAGACUGUGCUCAGCAAGCAGUUCCCUUGCAACCCCCAGGAUGUACUUGGUGAACUCCAGUUUGCCUUUGUGUGCGUCUUGCUGGGCAACGUGUACGAGGCAUUUGAGCACUGGAAGCGGCUCCUGAACCUCCUGUGUCGGUCAGAAGCAGCCAUGGUAAAGCACCAUACCCUGUACAUCAGCCUCAUCUCCAUCCUCUACCACCAGCUUGGUGAGAUCCCUGCCGACUUCUUUGUGGACAUUGUCUCCCAGGACAACUUCCUCACCAGUACCUUACAGGUUUUCUUUUCUUCUGCCUGCAGUAUUGCUGUGGAUGCCACCCUGAGGAAGAAAGCGGAAAAGUUCCAAGCCCACCUGACUAAGAAGUUCCGGUGGGAUUUUGCUUCGGAGCCGGAGGAUUGUGCCCCAGUGGUGGUGGAGCUCCCUGAGGGCAUCGAGACUGGCUAGCUGCAGAUCCUCAAGCCAGGGAGGCCUCUUCCCACAUGGCUACUCCCCAGUUCCCCAGUGUCUCUGCUCAUCCAUCUUCCUGGGACCCUUCCAGCAUAGCAGUCCAGGCAGGUCCUGUAAAGAUGGAGCCAGGAUCCCUCUUCACCCGUGAAUACAUUCCUUUGCUGAAAAAGCAGAGCAUUGUGGUUCCUUUUAACCUGGCCCUGGCACUUAAUUUCAGAAAAGAGCCCUUGUAGAAGGUCCAGGUGAAAUCCACCCCGAAACAUCUAAUUGCUUCUGACAAUGAGAAAAAGCCUUAAGUCUAAAAGACUAUGCUUAGUCCAUAGCUGGUUAAAAGAAGGAAGAGGAAACUUGCUCCGUCCCAGGUCUAAGGGGUUAGUCGGUAAAUUGUUAAGUUAAAUGUAGGUUUGAAGUUGAGUGUGGUUUGUACAGACUUUCUGCCUGCUCUUUGUUAAGUGGAAGGAGGUCUACUGGAAAAUGGGCCACUGAGCUCUCAGGAGCCCAGCCUGGGGGAGGGCGACAAGUAGUCAGCUUCAGCUUCCUCUCCCAAGGCUUCUGCCUAGAAGCCCUAGGGGUUGAUUUCCCAGAAUUGGCCUGGUCUUGGGGCUUCCAUUCUGAGGCCUCACACUUUCAAGUGGGACAUGGAAGCCUGUGUCCCCAUUUUUCACUGAGGCCACCAUGACUUUUUCUGAUGACAUGGAAAUUCAAACAAAAGGAAAGGAUCUUGCUUCCAUGCCAUGGUGAUAGCUGGGUAGCUUAACUUCCCAGCCCCGCUGUGGCUGUGGGGCUGUCAUCAAUGCUGUCACAUUUCUGGGUUAGGGCACACCCAUUGUGCUGUGUGGGCAGAGUUCUGCCUCAAGGAGGGCUCCCAGGCCCUCCACUCUGACCUCAGGUGGCUUGCUGUGCUCUGAGAUCCCAGUGCUGUCCUCUUAACUCCCAGCAGGUCUCUGAAUGGGAGUCCUGCUGCUAAGACUUUCGGUUCCUCUUGUUUCCUUGGAGAUGUUUUCCAAGAGCAGAAUGUACAUUAAAGUCUUUGAGUUGGGACUAA